UCUAGUCGAUAAGCACAUGCUUCAAUCGAAAGCGUAAACAUACAUAAGUUCAGCUCUGUUCUAUCUUAGUUCUGUGAAGUAUUCGUAAUAUGAAAGUGAAAUUUGUGUUGUGACUUCAUAUAUUGGAAUUUCAUUAGGAAAGCAAAUAAAAAUGUCUUUUUCGGCAGUUAGAAAUUUAUGUCGUGGACUUCUAAACCGUUCUUAUGGAAGACUAAUGCUACAGACGUCGGCUUCAUACAGCCAAAUGAAGAGCUUACCUCUACGGACGAGUUUUAAAGCUAGUUUAAAUAUUAAUAAAUUUAGGUUUUAUAGCGAAGACGGCAAUCAAUGGGUGGCCAUCACUUUCGAGAGACACGACGGCACCCAGCUGAAAAGGAAAGGGAAAGUCGGUCACACGAUACAAGAAGUGAUUGGUCAAGACAACCCAGACUUUCCAGGAUAUGGUGCUUGUGAUGGAACCAUUAGUUGCUCAACUUGCCACGUGAUUCUUUCGAAAGAUGACUUCCAAAAACUCGGCAAACCUUCGGAUGAAGAGGACGAUACACUGGACCUCUCGCCAUGCCUCACUGAUACGUCCCGACUAGGUUGUUGUAUUGAACUUACUAAAGAGAUGGAUGGUAUUGUUGUUAAACUUCCUGCCGAAGUGAAAGAUAUGAGAAACAACAACUAGAUUCUGUGUCGGUUCCUUUGUACAUUAUCAAAUCUAAAAUAUCAGGAGCAAUAUUUUUAGAUGAAAUAAGUGUGCAAUAAUUUUUUGUUGAGAAAAUCUGUUCUGUCUGAAACUUUUCUGUUCCACAGCCAUGCAUCAAGAUAUGAAUUAGAAAUAAUGGUCAAGCUAGUUUUUAAUUCUAUUAUCUUAAACUGAUUUAGUAAUGGAAUUUUGAGUUAAAUAUAUUAGCUGAUCAUCUUGGAUGCUAAUGCAUUUUGAUUUUCUUUUUGUUUUCAAUCAAAAAUUAGUGUGAAAUCUGUAUGUAUUUUUUAAACAAUUGGUUUUGUCGAAUAUUUUAAUCUUUGUAUAGAAUGUAAAAAACAGUAUCAAUUUAAACUAAUAUUAAUUUUAAAUUGAAUUAUGGUUUUAGAUUUAUUACUUUUAACGAAUUUUGUCUUUAAAAGUAAGCGUUUCGCAUAAAUACUACUCGCAUUUUUUAAUAGUAAAUAUACGCUACAAGAGUAUUGAAAAUAGGGAUGUUGGUCUUUCGAGUACUAUAAAAUUGCAAUAGAAUGUAUGAAUUUUUUUUAAAUGAUCUAUCCUAUUUUAAUUUUAAUUUUAAUUUAUAAGUAAAUGAAAGAUAAUGGAAAUUUUACUGCUGUUUAUUCCUAAAUUGUGUUAAUGGCGUCUCUUUGUUACGAGCAUGAUAAAAAUGAAAGUUAAGAAUUUUAACAAACCAUUAUUUAGUUUUUAAAUUAUCCUGUUAAGAUUUUAUUAAUGCAAACUUAAAAAAAAAAAUACUCAUCUUGUAUUCAGUUAUCUGCAUGACUUAUUAAUUUAUAUCAUACCAUAUAUUCGAUAGUGUAUCUUCUAUUUUACUAUGUGAUAUGUAUAAAUCUUAUGACCUAAACUUUCG